AUGUUCUUCAGGGUGAUCUUCUCCGUGGUCACCAGGCUCCUCUUCCUCCUGGUCUCUUUCAUCGGAGUGAUUCGGGUGGUGAAGGUGAAGAACGACGGCCGGUUCUGGUUCCUCCUCUUCCUCCUGCUGCCGCUGGUUCUGGAGAUGAUCGUGUCUCUGAGGACGAAGAGGAGAUGUGGAUGCAGAUGGUUUUCUCCAGCUAUAUUUAUGUUCCUGAUCAGCUUCAUCCCAACCAUCUGGAUCCUGGAGCUUCAUCACCAGGAGAACCAGUCAACCGAAGCUAAGUGUAACAAGCUAAACUCCACUGAAAGCUACGGAAACGUCUUGAAACAGCUGAUCAACUCGACCUUAGAUAACCGGAUCCUCAAGGACCCCCUGACCUCGGUGUGUCCCAACGACUGGAUCCUGGCCCUGCACCAGGUCCUGAUCGUCCUGCUGAUCGUGGGGAAGUGGCUGCUGCCAGCCGGAGGAAACCUGACCAGAGACCAGCUGUCCCAACUGCUGCUCAUCUUCGUAGGAACCGGAGCCGACAUCCUGGAGUUCACCACGGAAACGCUGACCGACAUUGGGGAGAGCAGUCCAGUGAUGGUCUACAUCAUCCUGGUGGUCUGGACCUGGAGCAUGCUGCAGUUCCCGCUAAAUCUCUCAGUGAUGGACGGUUCCACAGGCGACUUGUCCGAUCCCACCUCCCACCUAUCCUUCCACCGGUCCGACCUCUGGAGCUCGGUAGAGAGUUUGUUUAUCCAGGACGGACCGUUCCUGGUGGUCCGGCUCACCGUCAUGACGUGCUUCAGCGUGGUGCAUCAGAUGCUCAUCUUCUUCACCAUCAAGAACGCUCUGGUCGUCGUGCUGAACAUCUACCGACUCUUCAUCCUCUUCUGUGACGGGAAACCCCCACCCCAGCCCCAAGACCAAGACCUAACCCUAACCCCAAUACCUAACCCUAACACCAACCCUCCUGAACAUCUACUGACUCUUCAUUCUCUUCUGUGA